GAAGCCCGCGGUCGUUGCGAUUCGCCCCGCACCUUAAACGGGAGAGAAACUUUCCAUCUUCUUCUUGCCUUGCUUUGGCAUCCGGGUGGGCCCCGUUGUGUUGCGACCGAGUCGGGGGGAGAAAAGGUGGGGGAGAGGAGAUUGGGGAGGCUGCUGCUGCUGCUGCGGCGGAGGCGGAGGAGGCAGAUGGGGCAAAUUGACGGGACCCGCCGGGUGGUGCUGCCACUGACUUUAUUGUCGCUGUUAUUUAUUUUUGUUGUGUCCGUGACGAGCGAGCGCUCACCUGGAGCCGGGGAGAAAGCAACGCUGUGACCACGGCCACUUUACUUUAAUGCCAGCUACUCUGAACUCGACCAAUUUAGCUGUGGACGUCUAACAUAAUAUGUUUUAAACGUGUCUAGUCUUUAAACGCGUGCUGUCUUCACACCGGGGGCCUGUGCGCAGGACGCCGCCGCCGCCGCUGCUGCAGCCGCUUCAGUGACGCCCUCGUGAUUGCAUGAAGAAAGAGCCGCUGACUACCAGUAUGGACCUGCUCCAUCCUGGAGUUUCCCACAAUCCUUAGUUCUCUCUUUUUUCUUUCUGUGUGGUGCCCAGAUCUACAGCUGAGUCUACUGAACUCUGAACCGUGACCAGCUCCAGUCCAUGACUGACCUCCUCCCAGGUGAUCUGUCUCGUGCCACGAUGAUGUCAGUAGACGUCACCAACCGUAACGGCCCCGCCGCCACGCCUCCCACCUCCCUCAGCCUUCGCUCCUCACACAACCAGCUCCUCAGCAGCGACGUCAUCAAACAGGGCUCCGCCACGCCUCCCAAGUGUCGCAAGAAGUACGCGCUCACCAGUAUCCAGACAGCCAUGGGCCUCGGAGAAGGAGCGCCCCCGUCAUCAUCGUCGUCACCCUCGUCACCCCCGUCUCAGUCCUCAACCCCCAGCAAUCCCAAACUGGCCAAGAACGGGGUUAACCAGCUUCGUAAAGCCGGUCAGGACCAUAACAAAAACACAACCGGCCCCGACCCAAUGGACGUGGAGUGUAAUUCAGAAACUAUAGCGGAUGAUCUUAACGUUAACACGGCAGAGGAGCAUGAUAGUCACACUCUCACCAACAAUGACCGAGAGGAAGAUGUCUUCAAGGCAGACGUGGAACUGAACCCAGACAGUGAUGCAGAGGCCGAGGAGAAAACCGAAUCAGACAUGGACUGUAACGUUAACACGGUUGUGGAGCUCAAAGUGAACAACAACUCAUCAGAUUUGGAGUUUGACUUAAACACGGAGGCAGAGGAGGCCGACGAUAUCAGCAUUUUGUCCGAGAAGGAAAUCAUAUCCAAGAUGAAGAUUGAGGAAGACGACGUGGUGGAGGAGGAGCAGGAAAAUGAGGAGAAGGUGCCACUGCUGAUCAAAAGCGAGUCUCCCGUGAAGAACAACAAAGUUUCUCCAGGCCUGGAAAUCAUCUCCGACAUCCACUCCAACCUCAAGCUCCUCAAAUCAGGCAAGAACUCUCCCGUGCCACCUCCUCCCUCUCCCCCCCGGCAGGCCAGCCCAGAGGACACUCCCUUGCUCUCGGUGGCCUCCUGCCCCUCCUCCUCUUCCUCCUCUCCUGAGACGAAGAAGGACAGAAGGACUGGUGCAAAGACAGACUGUGCUUUGAACCGCAUCCAAAAUCUGAACCCCAGUGACGAAGAGUUGAGCUGGACUACACUGUCCCAGGAGAGCAACUCCCCAGAGGAAACAGAUAUCUGGAGUGAGCAGUCCUUCCAAACAGACCCCGAUCUGCCUCCAGGAUGGAAGAAGAUCACCGACAUGGCCGGGAUCUACUACUGGCACAUUCCUACGGGCACCACCCAGUGGGAGCGACCUGCUGCCCACCCGGAGGCCUCCGGGCAGACCACGACAGAGUCCCCGGCCCUGGGUGACCAAACGGCCUCAACACCACGCAAACACUCCCUCGGUUCACUCAGCCCCUCACCCACUCCUGACCACGAGUCGUGCCAGGCGGAGGUCUUCUACCGGGCAUCGACUCGUUCUGGCAGCACCACCUCUGACAGUUCAGUGGAGCCUCUCUCCACUCAUGAGCCCAUCCUGCCCACAUGUGGAUUUGUUAACAGCUGCUACUUUCCUCGCUCCACAUCUCUGCAGGGGAUGCCGGAUCAAGAGUGUCGGUUCCAGCGCCAUGAAGACGAGGACAAGAAACAGGUGUGGAGUGAUUUUGGCGGAAAAAUUGAUAGUGAAGUGUGGAAGGACCUGCAGGCAGCCACGGUGAACCCAGAUCCCAGUCUGAAGGAGUUUGAAGGCGCCACGCUUCGCUACGCAUCACUCAAGCUGAGGAACCGUCCAGCUGUGGAAGAAGAGGAGUCCAGCAGUGUCAACACUGACCCAGAAGCAAAGUGUUUUGCAGUGCGCUCCCUGGGUUGGGUGGAGAUGGCCGAGGAGGACCUGGCUCCUGGGAAGAGCAGCGUUGCCGUUAACAACUGCAUCCGACAGCUGUCCUACUGCAAGAAUGACAUUCGAGACACUGUUGGCAUCUGGGGAGAGGGGAAGGACAUGUACCUGGUGCUGGAGAAUAAUAUGUUGAACUUGGUCGACCCUAUGGACCGUAGCGUGCUCCACUCUCAGCCGAUUGCAAGUAUCCGGGUCUGGGGCGUUGGUCGAGACAAUGGCAGAGAGAGGGACUUUGCAUAUGUGGCGAGGGAUAAAAACACCAGGAUCCUGAAAUGUCAUGUGUUCCGCUGUGACACGCCAGCCAAAGCCAUCGCCACCAGCCUGCAUGAGAUCUGCUCCCGGAUAAUGACGGAGCGUAAGAAUGCCAAAGCCAUGGCAGGAGGCUCUCUCCAGGACAGGAUGCAAGCAGGACUUGAUCUCCCUUUACAAGCAGAGUUCCCCACACCAAAGACAGAGCUGGUCCAGAAAUUUCAGGUGUACUACCUUGGGAUGCUGCCCGUGGCCAGACCUAUAGGUAUGGAUAUACUGAAUGGAGCUAUAGACAGCCUGGUCGGUUCUUCCAACAGAGACGACUGGACCCCGGUGGCCCUCAAUGUGGCAGACGCCACAGUCACCAUCAGCAAAGACAAGGACGAGGCAGAGGUGCUGGUGGAGUGUCGCGUUCGUUUCCUGUCUUUCAUGGGCGUCGGGCGUGACGUGCACACGUUCGCCUUCAUCAUGGACGCCGGCGGCCAUCGCUUCGACUGCCACGUCUUCUGGUGCGAGCCCAAUGCCGGGAGCGUGUCUGAGGCCGUGCAGGCGGCUUGUAUGCUGCGGUAUCAGAAGUGCUUGGUGGCUCGGCCCCCCUCCCAGAAGGCCUGCGGCUCGUCCCCCCCUGGCGACUCUGUGUCCCGCCGGGUCUCGACCAGCGUGAAGCGAGGCGUCCUGUCUCUCAUCGACACCCUCAAACAGAAGAGACCCGUCACGGAGUUGCCGCAGUAACCACGGCGAAGCGCUACCGGCUCUCCACCACAGCCCCAUCCCACCCAACCCCCCCACCCUGUCACCAUGGUAACUCGCCGCAUAGCUGCCAAAACCCAAUCGCCACCACCACACACCCCCAGUAACCAUGGAAACACAGCUAAACCCCAGGGUCUGGGAAACCUGCCACGAUUCCUUCGCUUUUUUUAUUUUCUUUUUUUUUUUUGUGGGAGCAAAUUGGAAUUUCACCUCGAGAGUUUAUCAGCUCCCGAGCAGCAAAAUCCAAGUCUGUUCACUCAAACUAACUGAGAUGAACGGACGAUCAAAUCCCACAUCGAGAAGGAACCGGCAAAAGAAACACCUGAAUGAUGGUGGUGAAGGUUAAAGUGUACAUAAGAAGUAGCUCUCGUCCGAAGAAGAAGAGAGAGCAAAAAAACGAAGAAGUAGGAAGUGCUCUUCAAGCACCGCAUGUGUGAUGAGCGAGCCAAUCGCUGGCCAGACUUGCGGACCUCUCCAUGCUCUUAGUGUAUUUGUGUCUGUGCCUGUGCUGCCAGCAUGACCUCCCACACCUUACCACUCUGCCCAUCACUCACCUGGUUGUCCUGUUAGUCUGUAGUGGCUCCUCCCCUCUCCGGCCCUCUUUCUCCUCCAGUAGACACACGACAUCAAGCAAAGGAAGAAGUCAUAAAAGCCCUCGUGCGUCUGGUUUUCCUACUUAGAUAAGUGGCGAAUACAAGAGAGAAGGAAGCUGCUACAGACUGAAGAGGUAGAUGUGUUCGUCAGUCUACACCCUCUAAUCCCUUCGAUCCUGAUCCUGCAUGAACUUUUAUCUAAAUGUGAACCAGUUCUGUACAAUAUCAAUCCACUGCUGCUGCUUCCAGAGAGAGACGUGCGGAGGGGUGAGAAAUCAGAAGCCACAUCAGUUGUUUAACCCGUCUUCUCAAUUCUUAGUUUCUCAUCGAGCGUGCCGGACUCAGGCCUUAAGGGUCAGAACGAGCGGUGACCUUUCACCCGAAACAUCCCUCACAUCCUUCCUGUUCGCGUCUUCUUUGAGUUCUUUGUUAUCUCUUAGGAAAUGGCAGACGUUAGCCAUAACGCAGGAGGAGACAGAGACGGGGUGGACGGUGUUGACCCCUCCGUCCUCCGCUCCCCUGCUUUCUGUGACCAGUACUGGACGGCUGCUUUCAAACACAGGAGGCGUCUGCACGCUGCUGCUGCUGCUUUGAUACACAUGCUGGAGGAAAUUUGAUUAUUCCUUUGAAUCCUCCCCUCAGUAUCAGUCAUCACGUCAAGUAAUAAAAGGGGAUCGGUGACAUAAAAGAAGCCCGGAGGAAGAGAAAGAAGACAUGAGGAAUGUGUUUUUAUAUGUGCUUCGCAACGAUUUUAGUCCACAGCUCACUGAACUGUGAGGAAUGGAGAUGGUUUAAGGGAGUGAUUUUAUCUUGGCGGUUUUUUCGAGAGUCGACGGAGAGAGAAACGUUGACUCACACUAACAGGACUUUACUGGGCUGCUACUCCUCUGUCUCCAGGGUUCUGUUCACUUGAAUGAGUCCUCUCUGAUUUCAUCAGCGCCACCAGAUCACUUGCUUUUCGGGUGUUUGACACGGAUCCGUUCCUCCCCGCUUAUUGUCACAUAUCUGACCAGACUGGAUGUAUGGUAAUAGCUAAUGAAGUCCUUUAUUUCGCCUUGAAUCACAAACACGUCGCCCCGUGGGUUUAACCGUUGGAUGUAGGCUGCAGAUUAAUACUGAACCUGAAUCUAACUGACCGUUUGCUAAACCCCUCCAACCAGACGGCGUUUGUCUGAGCACAGCUGUCCGUCAAGCUUUGGGAUUGUCCCACAUGUUGAAGUGGUGUACCCAUCAGCAGCGCACUGUGCGUGGGAAACCUGCCACUGUAAAGAAGACGGUAGGUGGUAUUAUGCUGCUACUUCAGAGAUGAGAGUAACAUGAGCAGCAGGGUCACCGAACAUCGGUUGAAGGGAUGUUACUACAUAACUGUACGCUAGCUAAACAGGCCGAUACGCGGUGCGUUCACAUGCUCCUCACGUGGUCUCAUUUUCCAUGUUGCAAAUUAGUUGUUACAACCGUGGUGUAUUCAGAAUGUGUUUAAUUUUUGUGCACACAUUUGUAGCUGUUUUCAGUAUUUACAAGACAGCAAAGAGCAAAGGGAACUGAUCAAAGACCAUGAGAUGUGAUUCAUUUCAUGCAUCCAGUUAUAAAACGUAUAUGUGCUCAAAGGUUAGUCCACCAUGUGUCUCUAUAAAUGUAGAUUGAACUGGGCAAGUUCUGCACUAACAUUUUCUCCACAACUGGAGACAUGAAUUUGUCAAUUACCUUGUCGUCGCAUGAAACCACAAACAGUAGGAUUUUCCGUGAGGCUCACAUAUGCAGUCUACACAGAAAUACACACAUUUGUGAUCUUGGCCGUUUAAACUGUGGGUUGCUGGUGGCCCUGAGAAGCUGCUUUACUUUCCGUGUCUAUGAAAUGAAAGAGACACCAUCGUUUCAACGGUUGGGGCUUAGCAAACGUUCACAGUGUUACACAUCUGGGUGCAUCGCACUCACUGUGUUGCACCUGGUUGGUGAACUCCACAGUGAACCGACGUAUUAAAGCAACUAGUUCUGUUUGGCCACGUCACCUUCAUUUGACACGAAGAUGUUGAAAUGUGAAUGAGAAGACAAAAAUUGUACAUAAUACCCAUUUAAUGUUUGGCAUUAAUCAUUGUUAUAAGCUAUCUUUUCAUUUUUGAAUGUCUUUAGUUUUCUGUCUUUUUCGUAAUGAAAUGCCUUCUUCUUCUUCUUUUUUUUUUUAAACUCACCAAAUGGCCAAAGUGUAAAAUACUGCUAUACAUUGUUGUAGAUAAGAAAAAUACGAGAGCAAAUAAUGAAACGAGUAGAGGCGAUUGGAAACUGUCACAGUUGACAAUUAAGUUGAUGCUGAAUUUAACUGAGCAAUUAUCUAUGCAUUCUGUUGAUCUGGAGAGAUGGAAAAGUCACGAAAAGUCUUGCAUGCCCUUGGAUGGUUGAAAGAAAGACUGUAUGUAUUGAACAGAAAUAUUUUUUAUUUUAUUUAUUCUAUUUUAUAAAGUUAUAUACCAGUUUUAUUAGUUGAGGCAAGUAAGGUCUCUCGACUCUUGUGUCAUUGUCUCGGUCCCUGGUUGACUCACAACGCUACAACGAGCUCCGCUUUGCAGAAACAAAUGGCAGAUAAAGGAAUAUAUCUUCACCUUGUACCUGUACACUGAGAGCUGGGAGUCCACUUCUGAUCACAUCUCAGGAGGAGGAGGAGGAGGAGGAGAAGGAGGUGGAGAACAGCAGUGGACUCCCACGGUCUCUGUUAAGCUCACACAUCAACAACAACACACACACACACACUCCAUUUCCCACAGAUGGGUGUGUUGGCUUCCGUUUGCUGCUCACUGAUUUGUACACUUUAUCAAUGUAACCAAUUGUGAGAAUAAACAGCAUUAUGAAAUACA